UGUAUCCCUCAACAGCAAAAACAUUUCCACCAUUGCAUCAUUUUGUUGUUUCACAAAAGGAACACAAAUUAGCUCCUAAAUUAUUUAGAUUAUUUGCAUAUCUUCCAAGUAUUUGCUAUGGAUUUUGUGCAUGGAAGUACUGUUACUCAUGAGAAGAAAACUUCGGUUCUUCAAGGAGAUAAUUUCUUCUUCAAUAGAGUUAUUUCAAGAAACUCUUCUGUGGGUUGCUCUUCGCGUAUACUUUACUACCGGAGUGCAGAAGGGGUUCCAUUUAAAUGGGAAAUGCAGCCAGGGACACCCAAAGAUCCCCCUAAAGAAGAAAGUAUUCCACCCAUUAGGCCCCCACCUGCUCUGCUUGGCAUAGGGCUGCCAAAGCCGUGCAUUGAUAUUAAAGGGCCUAAGACUUCGAUGCGGUCAAGGUUCAGGUUCUGGUUCUGGAAACAAAUCAAGAAAAAUAAAAGAAACGAAAAACCCCAACGAGGGUCUCAGGGGAAUGAUAUUAUAAAUGCUAAUGACGAGUCUGAUAAGUUUGAAAUGUUUGAGUUUUAUAGCUCCGAUGGUGAUUUCAAUUCGUUUUCUCCACGGAAUUCGAGCCCUUCGUCUUCGUCUUCGUCUUCAUUGUAUUUCUCUAAUGGUCAUUCAAGGAAGUUGUCAAGAAUAUUUGAGAGUGCUUCAGCUAGGGAUUCAAUGCAAAAGCCUCAUGGUUGCAUUCCUUGGAAUUUCACUGCAGUUCUUAUUAGUGGUGCAAAGCGAAAUCGUUGACAAUUUGCCUUGAGAUCAUAUGCUAUCUGUCCUAAUCAUGUUUUAGGCUCAUUAGUUUUUUGAAACUUUGUGCUGCUACAUAGUUUGUUUGUGUGUAUAUUAUCAACAUAAUAUGUAUUGUAUUUAUAACAAUUUUCAGCAUCAAAUGAUAUGCUGACAAUGACAUUGGCUUCAA